GCAGUCUCAAGGACGAGCACGCCGACAGCAUUCUCCCGCGCACAGCGCCAUCUUCUCUUCACUCUUCAUGUCCUCAGGAUUCUCCGACGAACACCACCACCAUGAGUAUUCCCCUCUCUGCGGUGUUAUCUGAGGUACUUCAAACGUUGUGCGGUACUUGGCUGAGACAGCGGCCGCUUCGCUUCACCGUCCGUCUUUGUUCGGCUUGUCAACCAUAGUCAGUGCGUUGUUGCUGUGUGCGCUGUCUAGGUUGCUCGGCGAUGCACAUGUCGGCGGGAUCGGGUUAGUCUUAGUUUUCAGGUCUGUUUUUUCUCUGACUGCCACUCCUCUCUCUCUCUCUCUGUCUUUCCUCACAGCCACUCCUCUCUAUGCCUCUCCCUGCUCUCUUCACGCUCCACCAACGCAUGCUUUCGGUCCUCCAGCUCUCCACCAUCUUCGUACUCUCUCUCUCUCUCUCUCUCUCUCUCUCUCUCUCUCUCUCUCUCUCUCUCUCUCUCUCUCUCUUCCCCGGAAUCGACAGAGGAGCUCGGAAUCAACGAGGGUCCGAGUUUCCUCUCCUCUUUCUGCACGUGCGGACCCGAGCGUGCCAGCUUUGGUGCGCGGGCUCUCGGUACCUUUCGGGCUAAUGGCGCAGACGUAAGGUGAGUUUUGACCUACCCAGCAGUGUGACCGAAGGAACCGGAGAGAGAGAGAGAGAGAGAGAGAGAGAGAGAGAGAGAGAGAGAGAGAGAGAGAGAGAGAGAGAGAGAGAGAGACAGACACAGAGAGAGAGAGAGAGACAGACACACACACACACACACACACAGAGAGAGAGAGAGAGAGAGAGCUGUCUCUUAUACACAUCUAGAUGUGUAUAAGAGACAGCUCUGGCCAUGGGACUGGCGGGCCAUCCUAACGGGCUAUUGGCCAGGACGGCCCGAAGAGGAAUUUGCGAAUAACAUGUUUGACCUGGGGAGACGAACAAUCUUAUGGACACUGUGGUGNAGAGAGAGAGAGAGAGAGAGAGAGAGAGAGAGAGAGAGAGAGAGAGAGAGAGAGAGAGAGAGAGUCAGUCCGGAUGAAGAGAUUGGCAUCCGCUAGACAGGCGUGUGGUACAUCAGAAUCGUUAUCUGGAGCAUCGGGCUCAUUUGGUAGAAAGGCGAGUUCGUCACCGGGAUCAGUGAGUGGAGCAGUCGCAGGUUCAUCGCCGAUUAAGCUGGGUUCGAUCUCACGAUCAUUCCCUGGAUCAGCGAGUGCAUCGUCCGGAAGGCAUCACCGGCGCUCACAGCCAGCGCGACAUCGUCAACUUAAUCUUCAGAACCAGCAGCAACAGCAGCAGCUCCAACAGCAGCAGAAGCAGCAGCAGCAGCUGCCUCUAACUGGGCCCGGGCGGCAUUCUUUGUCAAGCUCAUCAUCAGCUAUGGCGUCCGGCGGAUGUGUUCUUCCUGCGACUCGCGCUACGGCUAUGGAAGACUCGAAGCUUCUGGAUCAUGGACGCUCUUCAGCUGCUGCUGCUGCUGUCGGUCGCCCUUUUGUUGUCGGCAAUCAUUCCGCUCCCGUGGACAAGUGGGCUAGUCGACGAAAGGCAAGUUUCACGGGGAUUGCCGAUAUCCCGGAGACCUGGCACGGCGAGAGGCACUUACGCUCGAUAGUUGAUUGGUCUGACUUGGAUUCAGCCCUCGGACCGCAUGGUCUUCUCUCUGCCCGGGAUGCACUGAUUAGAGAGCAGAGAAGCCCUCAGCCUUUUUCUCAACGCUGGUCCAAUCUUAUGCAAUAAGCAGUAAGAAGAAGUGAUGGCUGUGAGAGUGAUGGCUGUGAGAGUGAUGGCUGUGAGCAGAUGGAUCACGUGGCUGGCCUUUUACAGUUAACAAGGUAGUACUCGUGAAUCAUGAUUACCUGUGGAGGCUGUCGUUUGACCACGUGUCUCUCCUCUGUGUCUCCAAUCAAGUUGAUUGGUUGCGAUUGGGCUAGAUAUAUUGCAAUUCAGUGGGCUCACUCAUCGCAUCUCGUCUAGUCUCGUCUCGUCUGCUCUCCUCUGCUCUCCUGCCAUGCCUUUCCCCUCCCUCCCCCUGCGCAGCCCAUGCAUCGCUGUGUACGCCGCAUCUGCUGACGUCCUCGAUUAAUGAGCAUGAUGACAUCCGUUGUUAAUGUGCACGACGUUAUGCCCAUUUAGAUUUGAUGGCAGUGAACGGAAGAUGAUGAGAGGGCAGUUCGGUUCUUGAUAGACAGAGGGGAUGCUACAGUCUUCCACCGAAUAGAACGUAGGGAGAUUGCAGUCGUAUUUGUGGCAACAUUCGGUCUAGAUACAGGGAUCAUAAUGCCCGUUCGUUCUAUUCGGCUGUAUAGACGAUAGGGAUGAUGGGAGGGUGUGCUGCGAGGUUGUUUAUCUUUUUUUUUUGGGGGGGGUGAAGGAAAGAGGGGCAAAAUUGACCCAGGUAGGGAGGAACAAGGAAGGUACAAUAAGGAGACGCGAGUGCCUAUGUGUGACAGACACGGUGUGACAGACACUGUGUGACAGUCACGGUUGCCAAGUAUUAACAACGUAGCCACCUGUCGAGUCUGCAGCAUGUCAUGGUAUCGAGGUCGAGGGAAUGACAGUCACGGUUGCCAAGUAUUAACAACGUAGCCACCUGUCGAGUCUGCAGCAUGUCAUGGUAUCGAGGUCGAGGGAAUGGGGGAGAGAGAGAGAGAGAGAGAGAGAGAGAGAGAGAGAGAGAGAGAGAGAGAGAGAGAGAGAGAGAGAGAGAGGCAGAUGAAAUGGGGGGAAGGCGAAGCAUUGCCAGCUGCUUCACCGCCUCUAUGGAUGGCCUAUGGAAGAAUCUGUGAAGAUUCUGAGGUUUGUAACCUCAGGUCCUCAGAUCAUGUGUGAAGAAUCUGUGAAGAUUCUGAGGUGUGGAAUUUUUUGAGGUUAGGGAGAGCUGCCGGUGUUUGUAAAUCAUGUUGAAGAUUCUUAGAAUCUUGUCUGAAGAUUCUGAAGAUUCUGUGGUGGGGAAUUCUUUGAACUUUGACGAGUUUUGGAGCGCGUUUGGAGGAUCGUUAGCGUCUUGGUGUCGUGUUGUGGACGUUGGACGAGCUAGGCCAGCUGUGAUUAACAACGUAGCCACCUGUCGAGUCUGAGCUGGAAAUGCAUGCAAGUGUCUGUGAUUAUCGACGUCAACCUUAUUUGCCAGCCAGCUCAGCUCAGCUCAGCGCAGCUCAGCUCAGCUACGCUCAGCUCAGCCACAGCUCAGCUACGCUCAGCUCAGCCAGGGUGCUGCGGCUUAGGGAGAGCUGCAAGAGCUGCAAGUCUGUGCGAGAGCAUGCCGGAUCU